AUUCCAACAAGAUUAUGGCAGAGCAGAGCCACAUGCAAAAGCAGCUGGAUUUACAGAAUGGUAGCUUAGAGGCGGACUUUGCAGCGAAUUUCCUCAAGAACGAUUCACAAAACAUGAUGGAGAGCCUGAGCCCAAAGAAAUACUCUUCCAGUCUGAGAUUUAAAGCCAAUGGAGACUAUUCUGGUUCCUAUUUAACCCUCUCACAACCUGUGCCCACUAAAAGAAGUCCUUCUCCUUUGGGAACCAGUGUCAGAAGUAGCCCCUCUGUGGCCAAAAUCCAGGGAGCCAAGCAGUUCUCUUGCGAUGGAACUGACAAAAGUAUUUCUAUGAAACCUCCCACUCCUUUACUCAGCACGUCGCCCUCUCUCAGUGGAUAUCCACUUGGGAGAGCGGACUUCGAUCAUUUUACUGGCCGGGACCCUGAAAGGUCUUUGAGGCUCGCAGAGAAGCCUCCCUAUUCCAAAUAUAGCUCAAGGAAUAAAUCCCAUGACAAUGUCUACUUUCUGGGAGGGCUGGAAGGCCGAAAAGCGUCUGGCUCACUCCUGACCAUGUGGAACGGAAGUUCCCUGAGUGAUGCUGGCUCCUCGCCCAUCAGCAGGUCAGGGGCGGCAAGCAUGCCUUCGAGCCCAAAGCAAGCCAGGAAAAUAAGCAUCCAGGACAACCUGACACUUCAGCCCAAGUUGACCAGACACAAGGAGCCAGCUUCCGAAAACAUCAGUUUAAGAACCAGGAAGUAUUCGAGCAGCAGCCUGAGUCACAUGGGUGCCUACAGCCGAUCUCUCCCCAGGUUGCACAGGGCCACAGAGAACCAACUGACGCCUCUCAGUUUGCCUCCAAGAAGCUCUCUGGGCAACUCCAAACGAACGAAACUGGGGGAAAAGGAUCUACCUCAUAGCAUCAUAGACAAUGACAAUUACCUGAAUUUUUCUUCUUUGAGCUCAGGAGCUUUACCCUAUAAAACCCCUGCAUCUGAGGGCAGUCCUUAUGUGAGUUCCACCCUCAGCAUCCCUGCCAGUCCUCGAGUGGCUCGGAAGAUGCUUCUGGCCUCCACCUCUUCCUGUACCUCUGAUGACCUUGACAGGGCUUCCUACUCAGGGACCAGCCCGGGUCAGUUAUUUCCUCCCGGAGAGCUGGACAGAGUGUGUGCGGCCAGGAGGAAUUUCUCGUGUGGAUCUGUUGAGUUUGAUGAUGCAGACCUGGACAGCCUCAGACAGGCCUCAGGAACCCCCCAGCCGGUCCUUCGGGAACGGAAAAGCAGCAUUAGCUCCAUUUCGGGACGAGAUGACCUGAUGGAUUAUCACCGGCGGCAGAGGGAGGAGAGACUCAGGGAGCAGGAGAUGGAGCGAUUGGAGAGACAGCGUCUGGAGACCAUCCUCAGUCUCUGUGCUGAGUACACAAAGCCUGACAGCCGCUUGUCCACUGGCACCACCGUGGCAGAUGUGCAGAAAAUCAAUAAGGAGCUGGAGAAGCUGCAGCUUUCUGACGAGGAGUCUGUGUUUGAAGAAGCCCUGGUGAGCCCUGACACCAGAUACAGGUGCCACCAGAAAAGCUCUCUCCACGAUGCGGACCUGGCCGUCUUUGGGAGCCUCAGUCAGAGCAGUGCCAGCUUCCUUUCCCCCAGGAGCACCAGGAAUGAUGAACUGCUCAGGGACCUCACCAGGACUCCCCCACCACCCUCCUCUGCCUUUCUGAAAACUUCCAGCGAGUCCACGUACCUAAGUAUCCUACCAAAGACACCAGAGGGUCUGAGUGAAGAACAGAGGAUUCAGGAGUUGACUGCGAUGGAAGAGUCCCGGAUAGCAAUUCUGAACAACCUAGAGGAGCUUGAACAAAAGGUCAAAGAUAUAAAUGACCAGAUGGAGGAAUCUUCCAGAGAGUUGGAUAUGGAAUGUGCUCUCUUGGAUGGAGAACAGAAAUCAGAAACAACCGAACUCAUGAAAGAGAAGGAGAUUUUGGAUCAUCUAAACCGGAAAAUAGCAGAACUGGAAAAGAACAUUGUUGGUGAAAAGACCAAGGAGAAGGUAAAGCUUGAUGCUGAAAGGGAAAAACUAGAGAGGCUUCAGGAGCUUUACUCCGAGCAGAAGACCCAGCUGGACAAUUGUCCUGAGUCCAUGAGGGAACAGUUACAACAACAACUGAAGAGGGAUGCCGAUCUGUUGGAUGUCGAAAGCAAACACUUUGAAGACCUGGAAUUCUGUCUAAUGUACAUCUUUCUAUGGCCAUCUUUUUUCCUCCAGGAAAAAAUUUCUGCAUUGAAAAAGCAAGCCAAUCACAUUGUCCAGCAGGCUCAGAGAGAACAAGAUCAUUUUGUGAAAGAAAAGAAUAAUCUGCUAAUGAUGCUGCAGAGGGAAAAGGAAAAUCUUUGUACUUUGGAAAAGAAGUACUCCAGCCUUUCAGGGGGGAAAGGGUUUCCUGUCAACCCCAGUACUCUGAAAGAGGGCUAUAUCAUUGUAAAUGAAAUUAAUGAGCCAUGUGGCAAUUCCACGAAUCUCUCUCCUUCCACUCAGUUCCCUGCUGACGCUGACGCUGUUGCCACUGGGCCUACCACAGCUGUGCUGGUCAGCCAGCCACAAAAUAAAGAGCACUUUAGAAGUCUGGAAGAAAGGAAAAAACAGCAUCAAGAAGGCCUCUAUCUGAGUGACACUUUGCCUCGAAAGAAAAGCACCCCUUCCAUAUCCCCACAUUUCAGCAGUGCUACUAUGGGGAGGAGCACCGCCCCGAAGGGCCACCUGCCCCUGGGACAAAGCAACAGCUGUGGGAGCGUGCUCCCCCACUCCCUGGCAACCAUGACCAAAGACUCAGAAUCUCGGAGGAUGCUCAGAGGAUAUAAUCACCAACAGAUGAGUGAGGGACAAAGGCAGAAGUCUUCUGAAUUUUACAACCGCACAGCAUCCGAAUCAAAUGUCUACUUGAACAGUUUCCACUACCCAGAUCACAGCUACAAGGACCAGGCCUUUGACACGCUGAGCCUAGACAGCUCUGAUAGCAUGGAGACCAGCAUCUCUGCCUGCUCACCUGACAAUAUCUCUAGUGCCAGCACUUCGAACAUUGCCCGGAUAGAAGAAAUGGAGAGACUUCUGAAGCAGGCUCAUGCGGAGAAGACCAGGCUGCUUGAAUCCAGGGAACGCGAAAUGGAAGCCAAGAAGCGAGCUCUGGAAGAAGAAAAACGACGCCGAGAACUCCUGGAAAAACGACUGCAGGAAGAAACUAGCCAGAGGCAGAAGUUAAUUGAAAAGGAAGUAAAAAUUAGGGAGAAACAAAGGGCACAGGCUCGACCUUUGACCCGCUAUCUGCCCAUCCGGAAGGAAGACUUUGAUUUGCGGAGCCACGUGGAGACUGCUGGCCACAAUAUUGAUACCUGCUAUCACGUGUCAAUCACAGAGAAGACCUGCAGAGGAUUCCUCAUCAAAAUGGGUGGAAAAAUUAAAACUUGGAAGAAACGUUGGUUUGUGUUUGAUCGGAACAAGCGCACCUUCUCUUACUAUGCAGACAAGCAUGAAGCUAAAUUAAAAGGAGUAAUAUACUUUCAAGCCAUUGAAGAAGUAUAUUAUGAUCACCUCAAGAAUGCUAACAAGAGUCCUAAUCCGUUACUCACCUUCAGUGUCAAGACGCAUGACAGAAUCUACUACAUGGUGGCCCCAUCGCCAGAAGCCAUGCGCAUCUGGAUGGAUGUUAUAGUUACCGGGGCAGAAGGCUACACUCACUUCUUGUUGUAGUGAACUGGCCCAACAGUCCACUUCAGGGCAGACUGCAAUAAUCUCUUACAAGAAUGAAGCCAUACUCAGUCCCAGGUGGAAUGACCCAACAGACCCAGCCCUUUAACUGUGUAUACUCAGAACUGCUUUCAUAUUCACAGGAAGUUUUCAUUUAUAAAUGAGAAAGAAGGGGCUUUUAAUUCAAAGCUUGACCAUAAAUAAUUCAAAGCUUGAUCAUAAAAAGCAAAAGAAUUGAAGCACCUACGAGAAAGAAAACAAUAUUUUGGUAAAUAGCAUCACUUGUAGGAACAUUUCUUACAAACUAUUUUUUAUCAGUUGUUGACUUUGGUGAAAUAAACUAAAUUGUUUACAAAAUGUCUGUAUGUACUUGGAAAUAUGAAAUUGUCUUAGCACCCAAAUCAUUGGCAUUGACGUUAUUGGUAAUCAACUGGCUUUUUUUUUUAAGGAGCAUUUUGCUGAAGGUUAUUUUAUAAAUAUAAGCAAAGGGCUUGAAGGGGAAUAUGUUGUAAGAGGAGUUUUGUCCUAAUUUCUAAGUACUACACCAAAACCAAAGACUUGGCAUGACUUCUGUCUAACAGUAGUAGUUUCAAGUGAUGAACUGCAUUUCGUGUUACUCUACAUUUUUUAAUAGUACUUUGAUGCCAACAAGUGCCCAAGAAGUUGACUUUGAAGAGUUGCCAACAGCAUAAGUUACUGUACAUACGUAGCAAACCACUUUUUGUAAAAGAAGAAAGGACAAAAAGCCGUGUGUUUUAGGAAAAGAAGUGGUCUUAGACAUUGUCACAUUGGGCAAUUUAAAAUAAAGAGAAUAUUUAGGAGCUUAUUUUGCUGAGACGUUCUCCAUUUCCAGUGCUGAGAAUAAAGGCAACCAGUAGCCUAUUUCCUUUAGAUUGUCUGAUUUCUCUGUUGUGGAGUACACAUUGUUAAUUGCAGCCUCAGAUGACAUAACCAUGAAAUCAGAGCUCUGUUUUCACCAAAGAACAGACCAAUUAAAAUACUUAUUUACAAAAGUAUUGUAGUUCCAUUAAAAGGCAAAUGAAGUUCAACUUAAUGUUCUCUGUAAUGUACUAUUUUAUUAUGUUUUUCCUUAUGAUUAGCCUUUUUUUAGAGUUAAAUUAAUUUUUGUUGAAUGAAAUGACUUCAGGCAAGUCUCUUUUGUAAUGGUUCUUAAAUGCCAUUUAUCCUGGUUUUUCAUGCUGUGUGUUUGUAAGUAUGAAUGUACUCUCUCCUAAAACUUAGCAAAUAAAUAGAGGUAGAGAAUAAUGAUGUUACUUACUAGUAACAAGUGAAAUGAGUAAAUUAGAAGUGUCUGUAAAAUCGUCAGGCCUGACGGAGUACAGUUUUUUUUUUUUUAAUUUGCAGUGGUUUGUAUACAUGUUGCCAAUAAUAAGAUUUUGCAACUGGAUGACACAUGAUUUUACUUGAACAGUAAAAGACAAAAAUCACAGAAGACAUCUUUAUCAUCUGUUUUUUUUUCAGAGAUUCCCCCAAACCCUGUAAUGAUCUAAGAGAGUGAAAUAUAUUUGCUAAAAUUUUAUUGGUUAAUGUAAAGAUAUAACUUUUCUGAACUGUACUUUACUUUCUUCAUAGGAUUGUAAAGAUACUCUAAUCAACUUUAUAUCUUGCAUGAUGUAGUAAACCUUUUAAAUAUGUGUGUUAAAAUAUGUUGAGUUUGGAUUAAAAUGUUGACCAGAUUUCCCAUUUGCAAAUAAACGCAUCUCUCAUCA